AUGACGAUCUUCACUAAGGCCGAAACCGACACCGAGAAGAAAACCGUUGAAGGCGUCAAGGAAGACACUCCAAAGGUGGUUGUGUGCGAGGCUGAUGAGGAGAAGCACAUCAGUAACUGCGGCUGGGUACCAAUGGAAGGAGGCAACUUUGACAGACCAAAGGAAAAAAGAAGCUCGUCUUUCGGACCACUUUCCAUAAUUCGUCUCUCACCAUCUCCACUUGCCCGUACCCCAUCUCCAUCUCCACCCGACUAUGAAAAUGCUGUUAAUGCUCGCAGAAUGCGUCGUUGCACUAAACUCACAUUCACGCUCAUCUCCAUUUUCAGUUUUGUGAUUUUGGUUUCUUUCUUCCUCUACCAACAGGGACUUAUUAGCGUUGCCUACCAAAAGGGAGUGUACCAUGGAUGGAACGCGGCUACCUUCUCGAACCGUGGAAUGACAGAGCGUCUGGUUCAAAAUGUCGAAAUCAACGCCAACGAUUCGUACGAGAAGAUCGAUGUCCCAAAGUUUGGAUCUAACCGACCAGCAAUUUUCCUUCACGAUUUCAAACAGAACCUGACGGCUAUUGUUGACACUGUUGGAAACCGUUGCUUUGUUAAAGAGCUGGACAGAACAAAAAUCAGAAACCCAAGAAUGUUGAUGGAGAUGCUCAGAAAUAUUGACGUGAUGGCUCCAGAAGUUGCAUACGCACAAACUCGCGUUGUCCGUGAAACAUACAACGUUGGAGAUGAGCUCACGAAGGCUGAUAUUAGCACUUUCAACAGCACUAUUCUUUCUCGCCACUGUGCGUUCCGGCAAACUUAUAAAUUGAAGAAACAAGAAGCUCAGUCUCGUUCACGACGAGCUUCCGGCAUGACACCAUCAAUGACAUUCGCAUCAAUGGCUGGUGAAGAGGUACAACUGGAAGAGAUCAGCUUCUAAAUUCACAAAAUCUUCUAAACUAGAUCACAUGUUUUUGCCAAAUAACUAUUCAUGCAUAUAAUCAUUGUUACUUAAAGGUGCCAAUUCAACAAUAAGUGUAUUAUUGUUCUGAACGGUACGGUGGUUUUGAGAACUGUUCUUUGACUAUAUAUAUGCAGCUAACAAAAAAAUGUUUUAUUUAUUUAUUUUUUGCUGACCUCAUUCCCGUCCAUUUUCCAUAUUACACUUUUUUCUUUUUUUGUAUUUAGAUGCAAAUUCCUAUUUUUUUUACAAAAUAUUUUUUACUAAAAAAAAAUCAAAACAAAAAAUCCUUCAAAAUGUUUGUAAGAAAAUCCAUAACCCGUUCCCCGUUGAGAACGAGUUUUGCUUUCCCGAAAGGUACUAACCUGCAAAUGUUACUCUGUCAGUAAUCACCACGUGAUGAUUAACACCCUCAAAUAAAUAUGGUUUCCCUAUACUUUUUUCCGUUAAUUUUUCAAAUAAAAUGUCACACUUG